UAUCACAACAUUAUUUCCUCUCUCUCUCUCUCUCUCUCUCUCUCUAAACUCACCCUCCCUUCUUUAACAGAAUUUCAUUUCAAACAAUUUACAAUUCUAUGAUACACACAAACAGAGUAUCAUCAUCAUCAUCAUCAUCAAUCAAUGGGGAAAUACAUGAGGAAACCUAAAUUCACCAGUAACACAAUAGCUGUACUCGAUGUUUCGCUCGGUGUUCGAACGAGAGCCAAAACCCUAGCGUUGCAGAAACUUCAAGCACUGAAUUCAUCCGCCGCAACGCCACCGUCUCCGGCGACGGUGACGGAACAACAUACGGAAUCAUGUUAUCUGCAGCUACGCAGCCGUAGGCUGGAGAAGCCUCUGGCUCAACGGUUAACGUGCUGCCGACAACGAAACCCUAACCCUAGUGGUGUGAAUUCUUCUUGUUCCGUCGGGUCGGGUCCGGUGGAGACCCGAGUUAAAGGUGGUGGAGAAAAUAAUUUGGAUUUUGAUGGUAGAGAAAGGAGCACUCGAGAAAGCACUCCUUGCAGCUCAAUAAAGGACUUUAAUGUCAUUAGCACACCCAGUAAUUCCAUCACUAGGAGCAUACCUUUGGCGCGCGAGAUUGAGGAGUUCUUUGCUGUUCACGAGCAAGAGCAGCUCAGACGGUUUGCUGACAAGUACAACUUCGACUUUGUUGAUGAAAAGCCACUUGAAGGAUGUUACGAAUGGGUAAAAGUAGAAUUCUAAUAAGCAAGAUGGACAUAUGACAUUUGUGAAAGCUUGGAAUAAAGGGUGUUGGUGUAUUUCCGCUUUUGCCCUUGGUUCUCAAUGUAAUGUAAAGUGACAAAACUGACCUAUUAGGGUAGACUGGGAAGAACAAAAAGUUAUUAGGUUUACUUGUUUCAUCUAUGUCUAGAUUUGCAAGUAAUAAAUAAUUUCAAGAUUUUAGAUUUCCUUUAA